GUGUUCAGCCCCCCGCAACCACACCGGCCAAAAUGCCCCGCCGCCUCGCGACGACCUACUCCGGCCGCAUAGCCGCCGCGACGCCGUCCCCCUCGGGCCCCUCCCUCACCGUCACCGUCUCCCCGACGCUGCCCCCCACCCCGAUCGACACGCGCGGCUUUCCGCUCCCGCGCCGCCACCUCGUCUGCGCCGUCGCCCGCAUCCUCCGCUCCCCGUCCUCCCCCUCCCCGCUGCUCGACCUUGCCGACUACCUCGGCUCCCUCCGCCUCACCCUCACCGCCGAUGAGGCCUCCGAGGUCAUCAAGGCGGUCGCCCCGGACACCGCCCUCGCGCUCGGCUUCUUCCGCUUCGCCGCCACCUCCAUCCCAGGGUUCCGGCACGAUGCCUUCUCCUACAACCGCAUCCUGUCCCUCCUCUUCCGCAGCCGCGCAGGCCCCGCCGAGGCCCUGCGGCUCGUCGCGGAGAUGGAGCGGGACGGCGUGCCCGGCAACAUCUCCACCGUGAAUUUGCUGGUCGGGAUGGGCGUGGAGGUGGGGAGGUGCCUGGAGCUGGCGAAGAAGUGGGGGCUGAGGCUGAACGGGUACACUUGCAAGUGCAUUGUGCAGGCGCACUUGAGGAGCAGGGACGUAUGGAAGGGGUUCGAGAUGUAUGAGAAGAUGCGGAGGAAGGGAUACAAGCUGGACAUCUUUGCAUAUAACAUGCUGCUUGAUGCGCUUGCCAAGGCUGGAAUGGUUGACAAAGCUUACCAAGUCUUCCAAGAUAUGAAACAAAACAACUGUGAGCCGGAUGCAUACACAUACACUAUACUAAUUAGAAUGUCUGGAAAGGCUGGGAACACCACUAAAUUUCUCUCACUUUUGGAGGAAAUGGUGUCCAAAGGAUGUAUUCUUAACCUGAUUGCUUAUAAUACUGUUAUUGAGGCUCUUGGUAAGAACAAGAUGAUUGACAAGGUGAUUUUUAUGCUUUCUAAAAUGAUUGAACGUGGCUGCCAGCCCAAUGAAUUCACAUAUAGCGUCAUCCUGGAUGUUUUAGCAACAGGAGGACAACUGCACAGGCUGAAUGAGGUUCUAGAUAUCUGUAGUGGACAUCUGAACAGAUCAGUUUAUUCUUUUUUGGUCAAGUCACUCUGCAAAUCUGGGCAUGCAAGUGAGGCUCAUAAUGUAUUCUGUCGUAUGUGGAGUUCCUAUGAGAAAGGAGACCGGGAUGCUUUUGUAUCAAUGCUUGAGGUGCUAUGCAAUGCAGAAAAAACUGCAGAGGCAAUUGAUCUACUACAUAUGAUGCCUGAAAAGGGGAUUGCUACAGAUGUUGGAAUGUACAAUAUGGUUUUUUCUGCUCUUGGGAAGCUCAAGCAGGUAUCCUUCAUAAGCAAUCUCUACGAUAAGAUGAAAGCAAAUGGGGUUGCUCCUGAUGUUUUCACAUACAAUAUUAUGAUCUCAAGUUUUGGUAGGGUUGGCUUAGUUGAUAAGGUGCGUGAACUUUUUGAAGAAAUGGAGGCUAGCAGUUGUAAGCCUGACGUCAUCACCUACAAUUCUCUCAUAAACUGCCUUGGGAAAAAUGGAGAUCUGGAUGAAGCCCACAUGCUUUUCAAAGAGAUGCAAGAGAAAGGAUAUGAUCCUGAUGUCUUUACUUACAGCAUAUUAAUUGAGUGCUUUGGUAAAUCCAAUAAGGUUGAUAUGGCAUGCAGCUUGUUUGAUGAGAUGAUUGCAGAGGGGUGCGUUCCUAAUAUCGUAACCUAUAACAUUUUACUAGACUGUUUGGAGAGACGUGGGAAGACAGCAGAAGCUCAUAAACUUUAUGAAACUCUGAAGCAACAGGGAUUGGCUCCUGACUCGAUAACUUACUCAAUACUUGAGCGAUUGGAAAGUAGAUCUCAACGAACAGUAAGAAUACGUAAGCCAAGUCGGACUACAGGUUGGGUUGUAAGUCCAUUAUGAUGGCCUACCCUGGAUCUUUUGGUUGCAUACCUUCAGUGAGGUGGAGCUGAGGAUCCAUAAUCUGUAUGCAAUAUUGCAGUUAAAUAAUGUCUCCAAAUGAUUGCUCAAUCCCCGUGAAACAAAUUAGUAAUCCCAAGUUAUCAGAAUUAUAAGUAUCAAGACUAUUGCAUGGCUGCUGAUACCUCAGUUCUGAACAAUUCAUAGAUGAUGGACAUCUUGAGAAGAGAGGCAUAUGCCUCGUAGGAUUGCCAAUUGUUUUGGACUUCAAGUUCACUGAGUGAUAAAACAAUGGUAUUUCCUGUGCACUUCUUAACAUCUUGGAGCUGCUACUUCUUUGUUUGCUCAAAGAUUUCAGAUGCAAAACAAGUUGAUUUUGGAAGGCCUGUAGCAGGUGACGAUGUGCCAUUGCAAUGCUAAAUCUUCUGUUUGGGGAUGUGUUUGGAUGAAGGGGGAGGAGGGGAACAUGUGCAGUACUAUAUCAGAGAAAGUAGAAGCAACAAUAGUUUAUGAUGGCUUUCAUGUGCAUAACCUGUUUGUUUCUGUGCUUUGCCCAUUAUAGUGAAUAACUGUGUCUUUAUAGUAUGCAUUGAUCCUUUUGGUGUGCAAUAUCUCCCUGAAGUUUACAUAUUGAUUUAUAUCUAGAUUCCAAGCAUUUCCCUUACUCUCACAGCUUCAGCACGUAGAUGUCCUUGCUUGGAAUCUUUAAUAUUUGGAACAGUGCCACACUUCUUUGGCAAGUUAUUGAUUGCCAAACAUGUUCAUGCAUCUAUUCCUAUGACACCAUUUCUUGGGGCUGUUGACAUGCUGGAUGCCAAGAUGAAUUUGUAAUAGUGGUUAGCCCUAAUUUCUUAUCAAAUACCCCCAAAUGUUUUUGCUGCAUCACUCCUGGCCUCACUGUCUUACUGGAGUCUACAAGUAGUGUGUGCAAACAUCACUUAAAUAAUGGAUAUACAAAGAGACUGAUGGUUUUC